AAACUCCACAGAUGUUACAGUUGUAGAAAAGCUGAGGAACAUCAACAACACCAUCAGCAUGAACAGGAACUUACGAAUCUCUGAUGUUAACAUUACUACAGUCUGCUCUCCAAUCAGUGGUGAUUACCAGUGCAGAUGUGAGGAUCAGUAUCGUUUUCCAUGUGACCAGUGUGUAACAUAUGGAUCAUGUGACAACAUCACUGGUGACACAUGUGGAUGCAUCAGAGGCAUUCCUGCUGGUGGACAGUACUGCCAGGCUGAGGAUCAAUACAACUUUACUGCAUGUCCAAUCAUCACAACAACUCCACAACCAACAAGUCCACCAGUCUUCCAUCAGUACCUGCUUUCCAUUGAGCUGAACUCCACAGAUGUUACAGUUGUAGAAAAGCUGAGGAACAUCAACAACACCAUCAGCAUGAACAGGAACUUACGAAUCUCUGAUGUUAACAUUACUACAGUCUGCUCUCCAAUCAGUGGUGAUUACCAGUGCAGAUGUGAGGAUCAAUAUCGUUUUCCAUGUGACCAGUGUGUAACAUAUGGAUCAUGUGACAACAUCAGUGGUGACACAUGUGGAUGCAUCAGAGGCAUUCCUGCUGGUGGACAGUACUGCCAGGCUGAGGAUCAAUACAACUUUACUGCAUGUCCAAUCAUCACAACAAAUCCACAACCAACAAGUCCACCAGUCUUCCAUCAGUACCUGCUUUCCAUUGAGCUGAACUCCACAGAUGUUACAGUUGUAGAAAAGCUGAGGAACAUCAACAACACCAUCAGCAUGAACAGUAACUUACGAAUCUCUGAUGUUAACAUUACUACAGUCUGCUCUCCAAUCAGUGGUGAUUACCAGUGCAGAUGUGAGGAUCAAUAUCGUUUUCCAUGUGACCAGUGUGUAACAUAUGGAUCAUGUGACAACAUCACUGGUGACACAUGUGGAUGCAUCAGAGGCAUUCCUGCUGGUGGACAGUACUGCCAGGCUGAGGAUCAAUACAACUUUACUGCAUGUCCAAUCACAACAAAUCCACAACCAACAAGUCCACCAGUCUUCCAUCAGUACCUGCUUUCCAUUGAGCUGAACUCCACAGAUGUUACAGUUGUAGAAAAGCUGAGGAACAUCAACAACACCAUCAGCAUGAACAGGAACUUACGAAUCUCUGAUGUUAACAUUACUACAGUCUGCUCUCCAAUCAGUGGUGAUUACCAGUGCAGAUGUGAGGAUCAGUAUCGUUUUCCAUGUGACCAGUGUGUAACAUAUGGAUCAUGUGACAACAUCACUGGUGACACAUGUGGAUGCAUCAGUGGCAUUCCUGCUGAUGGACAGUACUGCCAGGCUGAGGAUCAAUACAACUUUACAUCAUGUCCUGCUACUACACUUGCCCCAUCUCCUCCGCCUGUCUAUGAAUAUGUGAUAUCUAUCGAGCUGAAGGCUGCAGAUGAUGAAGUUGUAGCAGAGCUGAGAAACAUCAGCUAUCCAGUCAGCAUCAACAGCAACAUACAGAUCUCUGAUGUUAACAUCUCUACAGUCUGCUCUCCAAUCAGUGGUGAUUACCAGUGCAGAUGUGAGGAUCAAUAUCGUUUUCCAUGUGACCAGUGUGUAACAUAUGGAUCAUGUGACAACAUCACUGGUGACACAUGUGGAUGCAUCAGAGGCAUUCCUGCUGGUGGACAGUACUGCCAGGCUGAGGAUCAAUACAACUUUACUGCAUGUCCAAUCACAACAACUCCACAACCAACAAGUCCACCAGUCUUCCAUCAGUACCUGCUUUCCAUUGAGCUGAACUCCACAGAUGUUACAGUUGUAGAAAAGCUGAGGAACAUCAACAACACCAUCAGCAUGAACAGGAACUUACGAAUCUCUGAUGUUAACAUUACUACAGUCUGCUCUCCAAUCAGUGGUGAUUACCAGUGCAGAUGUGAGGAUCAAUAUCGUUUUCCAUGUGGCCAGUGUGUAACAUAUGGAUCAUGUGACAACAUCAGUGGUGACACAUGUGGAUGCAUCAGAGGCAUUCCUGCUGAUGGACAGUACUGCCAGGCUGAGGAUCAAUACAACUUUACUGCAUGUCCAAUCAUCACAACAACUCCACAACCAACAAGUCCACCAGUCUUCCAUCAGUACCUGCUUUCCAUUGAGCUGAACUCCACAGAUGUUACAGUUGUAGAAAAGCUGAGGAACAUCAACAACACCAUCAGCAUGAACAGGAACUUACGAAUCUCUGAUGUUAACAUUACUACAGUCUGCUCUCCAAUCAGUGGUGAUUACCAGUGCAGAUGUGAGGAUCAGUAUCGUUUUCCAUGUGACCAGUGUGUAACAUAUGGAUCAUGUGACAACAUCACUGGUGACACAUGUGGAUGCAUCAGAGGCAUUCCUGCUGGUGGACAGUACUGCCAGGCUGAGGAUCAAUACAACCUUACAUCAUGUCCUGCUACAACACGCACUCCAGAGCUGCUGGUUCAAACUGAAUAUGUGAUUGAUCUGGAGCUGAAUCUAACCGACAUCGCAACAGUGGACUUCCUCAGAUGCCUCCUGAGCAAUGGCAGCAAUUUUCUAACCCUGAGUCCAACAGUGAAUGUCACACAGCUUGACCUCUCCACAGUCUGCUCUCCAAUCAGUGGUGAUUACCAGUGCAGAUGUGAGGAUCAGUAUCGUUUUCCAUGUGACCAGUGUGUAACAUAUGGAUCAUGUGACAACAUCACUGGUGACACAUGUGGAUGCAUCAGUGGCAUUCCUGCUGAUGGACAGUACUGCCAGGCUGAGGAUCAAUACAACUUUACAUCAUGUCCUGCUACUACACUUGCCCCAUCUCCUCCGCCUGUCUAUGAAUAUGUGAUAUCUAUCGAGCUGAAGGCUGCAGAUGAUGAAGUUGUAGCAGAGCUGAGAAACAUCAGCUAUCCAGUCAGCAUCAACAGCAACAUACAGAUCUCUGAUGUUAACAUCUCUACAGUCUGCUCUCCAAUCAGUGGUGAUUACCAGUGCAGAUGUGAGGAUCAAUAUCGUUUUCCAUGUGACCAGUGUGUAACAUAUGGAUCAUGUGACAACAUCACUGGUGACACAUGUGGAUGCAUCAGAGGCAUUCCUGCUGGUGGACAGUACUGCCAGGCUGAGGAUCAAUACAACUUUACUGCAUGUCCAAUCACAACAACUCCACAACCAACAAGUCCACCAGUCUUCCAUCAGUACCUGCUUUCCAUUGAGCUGAACUCCACAGAUGUUACAGUUGUAGAAAAGCUGAGGAACAUCAACAACACCAUCAGCAUGAACAGGAACUUACGAAUCUCUGAUGUUAACAUUACUACAGUCUGCUCUCCAAUCAGUGGUGAUUACCAGUGCAGAUGUGAGGAUCAAUAUCGUUUUCCAUGUGGCCAGUGUGUAACAUAUGGAUCAUGUGACAACAUCAGUGGUGACACAUGUGGAUGCAUCAGAGGCAUUCCUGCUGAUGGACAGUACUGCCAGGCUGAGGAUCAAUACAACUUUACUGCAUGUCCAAUCAUCACAACAACUCCACAACCAACAAGUCCACCAGUCUUCCAUCAGUACCUGCUUUCCAUUGAGCUGAACUCCACAGAUGUUACAGUUGUAGAAAAGCUGAGGAACAUCAACAACACCAUCAGCAUGAACAGGAACUUACGAAUCUCUGAUGUUAACAUUACUACAGUCUGCUCUCCAAUCAGUGGUGAUUACCAGUGCAGAUGUGAGGAUCAGUAUCGUUUUCCAUGUGACCAGUGUGUAACAUAUGGAUCAUGUGACAACAUCACUGGUGACACAUGUGGAUGCAUCAGAGGCAUUCCUGCUGGUGGACAGUACUGCCAGGCUGAGGAUCAAUACAACUUUACUGCAUGUCCAAUCAUCACAACAACUCCACAACCAACAAGUCCACCAGUCUUCCAUCAGUACCUGCUUUCCAUUGAGCUGAACUCCACAGAUGUUACAGUUGUAGAAAAGCUGAGGAACAUCAACAACACCAUCAGCAUGAACAGGAACUUACGAAUCUCUGAUGUUAACAUUACUACAGUCUGCUCUCCAAUCAGUGGUGAUUACCAGUGCAGAUGUGAGGAUCAAUAUCGUUUUCCAUGUGACCAGUGUGUAACAUAUGGAUCAUGUGACAACAUCAGUGGUGACACAUGUGGAUGCAUCAGAGGCAUUCCUGCUGGUGGACAGUACUGCCAGGCUGAGGAUCAAUACAACUUUACUGCAUGUCCAAUCAUCACAACAAAUCCACAACCAACAAGUCCACCAGUCUUCCAUCAGUACCUGCUUUCCAUUGAGCUGAACUCCACAGAUGUUACAGUUGUAGAAAAGCUGAGGAACAUCAACAACACCAUCAGCAUGAACAGUAACUUACGAAUCUCUGAUGUUAACAUUACUACAGUCUGCUCUCCAAUCAGUGGUGAUUACCAGUGCAGAUGUGAGGAUCAAUAUCGUUUUCCAUGUGACCAGUGUGUAACAUAUGGAUCAUGUGACAACAUCACUGGUGACACAUGUGGAUGCAUCAGAGGCAUUCCUGCUGGUGGACAGUACUGCCAGGCUGAGGAUCAAUACAACUUUACUGCAUGUCCAAUCACAACAAAUCCACAACCAACAAGUCCACCAGUCUUCCAUCAGUACCUGCUUUCCAUUGAGCUGAACUCCACAGAUGUUACAGUUGUAGAAAAGCUGAGGAACAUCAACAACACCAUCAGCAUGAACAGGAACUUACGAAUCUCUGAUGUUAACAUUACUACAGUCUGCUCUCCAAUCAGUGGUGAUUACCAGUGCAGAUGUGAGGAUCAAUAUCGUUUUCCAUGUGACCAGUGUGUAACAUAUGGAUCAUGUGACAACAUCAGUGGUGACACAUGUGGAUGCAUCAGAGGCAUUCCUGCUGGUGGACAGUACUGCCAGGCUGAGGAUCAAUACAACUUUACUGCAUGUCCAAUCACCACAACAACUCCACAACCAACAAGUAAGACUGAAAGCAUGGUUCAUGUUGAUCAGUCACUCAACAGUACAUAG